UCCACCGACAAUAUUUUAGCGGUUCAACCUUUUCAUUUCCAAGAAAUUGCAAUGCAAACUUGUAUAAAAUCGCACUCUCGCGCGUUCACCAGCAACCUCGAGGCAGCAAAUAGGAAGAAAUGGCAGAAACACGCGAUUUCCUCGCAACAAAGAGGUAUGCAGUGGUGAGCGGAGCAAACAAGGGAAUUGGUUUGGAAAUAUGUAGGCAGCUGGCUACCAAAGGAGUCACCAUAGUGUUAACUGCUAGAGAUGAGCAAAGGGGCCUUGAAGCUUUCCAAAAGCUCAAGGACUCUGGUCUUUCUGAUCAUCUGGUUUUCCACCAGCUUGAUGUCACGGACCCUCUUAGCAUUGCUUCACUUGCAGCUUUCAUCAAAACCCACUUUGGAAAACUUGAUAUCUUAGUCAAUAAUGCUGCGGUUGCUGGAGUCACUAUUAACUACGAGAGAUUAGCUGCAGCAGUUGAAGAUUGCGGUGAUUGGCCAGUUGGGGAGCAAAUUUGGAAUGAAAUUAUUACAGAACAAACUUACCAUCAAGCUGAAGAAUGUCUGAAAACGAACUACUAUGGUAUGAAAACACUGGUUGAAGCACUACUUCCCUUCCUUCAGUUAUCUGAUUCGGCAAGGAUCGUAAAUGUUUCCUCUUAUCUUGGAACAUUGAAGAUAAUGUCCCAUGAAUGGGCCAAAGAAGUGUUAAGCGAUGUUGAGAGCCUGACAGAAGAGAGAGUGGAACAAGUUCUGAACAAGUUUCUUGAAGAUUUCAGAGACGGAACGAUGAGAACGAAUGGCUGGCCAACUUACAUAGGAGCAACUGCCUAUAAUGUAUCGAAAGCAGCUAUGAACGCCUACACUAGAAUACUGGCCAAGAAGUACCCUGGUUUCUGCAUCAAUUGUGUUGCUCCAGGCUUUGUCAAAACCGAUAUCACUGGCAAUACUGGACACUUGACAGCUGCGGAAGGGGCAGAGAAUGCAUUGAGGUUGGCAUUGCUACCCACUGGCGGCUCUUCGGGCCUUUUCUUCAAUUGCCAAGAAGUUUCGAGUUUUUAAAUAAAAUGUUUCAUUACUAAGUGAAUCAUGCCCCAAACUUUGUGUUUGUAUAUCCCCCAAUUAAAGGCCUAAGGAUAUAGAAAAGACAGUGAAGUUUGCUUUGUUGCUGCAUUGUCAAUUAACCAUUUAAUAAAGUUCUUGUUGGUUGAA